AUGCAAGCACUUCCACCGAUUCGAAAGCGUAACAGGGUGUCGCUUUCAUGUUUAGAGUGCAAGAGGCGAAAGACGAAAUGUGACAAGAAGAAACCUAAAUGUACACGAUGUGAGAAGCUUCAAGUUCCUUGUACAUACAUGCAUUCAACCCCAGGACAGUUCCCUAAAGCGCAUUUACAAGUACCUGGGUUACUGGCUUACAAUAAGCUCGAACAAGCGGAGUCAUUGGGCAGCCCAUACCCUAGAAGCCCUACGUCUCCGCCGGUAGCCUCUUCAGCUGGGACCGACAGCGGAAUCGAAAUGCCUGCCUUUAAUGUACAAAACUGGCGGGAUAUACGUGUUAGUCUCGAUGACUCAGAAGACACAAUUGUCGCUCUCGAGCAAAAAAGAUACCUUCACAAGCCGUACUCCGUUUUAGCUAUGCUGCAGCGAGAUCACUACCUGCGUGCACUUGUUGGUUCUGUGUGGGGCUUCACUCUCUCGGGCGAUCAUAGAUAUCUCGGGAAGGCAAAAGAUGGAUCACCUGCAGCAGGAGAGAAAUCUGUUUAUCAUUUUAUCGGAGAUGUCAUUCAGCAGUCGUCAAAGCAGCAGACACAACUAUCACCAGCCAUUUUCCUCAACAACUCUCUAUUCGCGUGCGACUUUUCGCUCGAGAAAGCAAUUCUGUCCGAAAAUAAGCUUCCGGAUGCACUAAUCGAAAUAAUUGAAGAGUUACAAAGCUUGCUACCAACGAUGCCGGCGCUAGAGUUUUUACUCAAAAACUUUUAUUCGACUUUAUAUCCAAUAUACCCAUUUUUGGACAUCCCUUCUUUUGAAGAAAGCAUAAGAAAGGUCCUGCAUAAUCGGGGCGACGGAUCUUCGCAUUAUAUUUUGGAUGUAGAUCCUCCAGAAGUGCGCCGACUCCUCGAGAAUCUUUGCAUUCUAGUAAUGAUCCUGAAGAUUUCACAUGCUGCGGUGCUGAGCAACGACGAUGCAGUAACGAGGCAAGGUACUAUGUCUUUGAAUUUGGAGGGUAACGACGUUCUGCCGGAGAAGGUGGUGGAGUUGGCACAGAGAAUUUUGUUGAUGUUAAACAUAAGUCUUUACACCAGUGAAAACAGUGUAUGCUGCUUACUAUAUUACUGGGUUUACCAAUCCUUACUGAGCUCAAAUGCGAGUUUCAAGCUGCCCGCUCCAGUGAUUUUGGGACUUGGGGCCAUCUUACAACUGGCAACAAUACUUGGACUGCAUAAAGACCCCUCGUCUUUCAAGAUUUUGACCAAACCUGCUCAAUCUGAUAGAAGUAUCUUGAAUUAUAGGCGCAAGUUGUGGUUAGGUGUUACAGUAGUAAGGAUGAGUGAGCUUUUACCUAACGGUUGUGGAUUCUUUUUGAGCACAAAUGUGUUCGCCAAGACAUUCAUGCAACGGUGCCGAGAUGAUUCAACUUAUAUGUCUGCAGUUAUCAAGGACAACCCAAAUGCGACUGGCUACGAUAUCCCUUUACAUGAAUUAUACUAUAAUGAAUAUUUGAUGUUCCAUGAGUGGGGAAAGCUAGGUACUGCUUGCUCACCUGUAGCCGAGCCAACGUCUUUAUCAUCCAUCAAUAAGAUAUUGACCCAAUGUGAGCACCGGCUCCAACGGUUAUUCCCCUUAUCUUACCUUUCGGUUACGACUGAUUCGGAAAAUUUACCGGAAACUAGCAUUGGUCACAUAGAUUGUGCUAAGGGAAACCCAGAGGUCAAUUACCAUCACAUUCGUGCUGCUAAAACAUUUACAUCAAAUUGCCAAGGGAGGUUAAUUUUGCAGACAGUGACAGGCGCGCUGGCUCACAACCUUGAAAACAAAUUACGAUGUAGCUCUUCGCAGAUUUUACUCGAACCUUUACAAUACUACAUUAAGGAAAGCUUUCGCUAUUGUACGGAGCUCACAAAACUGCUGAUGAAGUAUCUGAUGAACGAGUUGAAUUCAGUUUUGCCACAAAAAUUUGGCUAUGCUUACAACAGAAUGAUGUCAAUUUGCUUGCUCAGGGUGUUCAUGAGCUUGACUAGCUUAGUACUUCGGUUAUCAUAUUAUGAGGUAUACCUGGAAGGUGUGGUAGGGUCUGCGUCCUUCCUUUAUCAAAAUGUGGACAACUCGAGAGGCUCUAGCCUUUUACAUUUGGCACAAGGUGCGAAAGAGAAAUUGGUACUGCUUCUUCAGGUCUUGGUGACAGUUUCUUCCAGGACUAUCUGCAAAACUCAUAGUCGUUGUGAGAAAACUGUCUCAUUAAUCAAAUAUAUUCUGCAUUUGAUAGAGAUAGGGCAUUUGGUGGAGGCAACUAAUCGUUUAUGGGAUCAGAAAUUGGCGGGCAACGAAAUUCCAAAGCCAGUCAGGAAUGCAAUUUUAUUCAAAUGGGGUAUCGACGUAGAAGAUGCAAAGGCUGUGAAGGAUGAGCUUUUGGACGCUAAUAUAAUGGAGGCUUUUGACGAAGAACUGCUUUCAUUUUUUUGCUCUUCGCUGGAAAACCUUGAUCUCAAGCAAGCUUCUGAAAUGUUCAAAAUGAACCAGAGAACUGAAAAUGAACCUUUAGCAGCGGGAGCUCUCUCAGAGAGCCUGCUAGAUGAUGCAAAUAUUUUUUCUGGGGAUGUGUUGAAGUACUUCGAUGUCUUCGAUGAUUUCCUUGGCGACGGAUCAUCUCUUAACCUCAUAUAG